AUGACUGUCACUACUACUACUGUGGUAUCCCCCUCUGAAGGGAGCGGGAACAUCAUCGACAUUGGCACUGGCUCUGCCAAUGACACCGUCGAAACCCAACAGAAGCAGAUGCUCCAGCAGAGGCUGCUGAAGAAGGAGAACGGUAAGCGCUGGCUGCCAACGGCACUUGUAUGGGGAGACGAAAAUGCCCAUCGUCUGUGGUGGGAGGCCAACACACUCGACGAAUUCUAUUCGAUCAGGGACGAAAUCAACCUGCUCAAAGUCUGGGCGCAAGAUAUUGCGCGGCAAGUGCAGGAUCACAGCGUUAUGAUUGACUUGGGCUGUGGUGAUGUCACCAAAGUCGUGCCGUUGCUCAACGAGCUUGAGCGAAACGGGAAGCACGUCCAUUACUAUGCCCUCGACAUCUCCAGGAAAGCCCUCGAAAACGUCCUCGCGAAACUUCCCACCUCAUACCAAUACGUCAAAUACACAGGGCUCUGGGGUACGUUCGACAACCUCCGGGCCUGGUGCGGCAAUAUCCAAGAGCCAAGAUGGUUCCUCUCUCUGGGAUCUAUCUUCGGCAACGAUGAAUUCCAGAUCGCCAUCAACGACCUCAAGAAGUGGGUAUCCGUUAUGCGACCACAAGACCGCAUGCUCCUCGGCCUUGAUGCCUGCGACGACGACGAAAAGGUCUGGCGCUCAUACAAUGACGUAAAGGAUUGCUGGCAUCGGAUGAUCCGGAAUGGCCUUGCACUUUCUAAUAAGGUGCUGGGCCACGAAUGGUACCGACCUGAGGACUGGGAAGUCAUUGGCGUGUGUCACCGUCGGUCGCCUACUUUGACUCAUCAGUGGGUUGCCCGGGCUACUAGGACAGUUCAUUGUGAACCAUUAGGUCUGUAUCUUGCGCAAGGCGAGGAGAUUGUCACGAAUGAGUGGUAUAAAUAUGGUCCGGAUGAGAUGCAGAAGCAGUUUGAUGCCGUUGGUCUUUCCAAUGUUGCGCAGUGGAAGUCGCCUUCGGGGCCGGUUUGUAAGUGA